AUGUUGAAGAUGUUCUACGAGUUGGUGGUGGCAGGCACAAACAGGCUGGACAAGCUGGUAAAGAAGGCCAUAAGUGUCGUGCCUUGUGUAUUUGUGGGGGUACUCAACUGCCUUGGGCUGUGGGCUUGCGGCUCGUGCGUCGUGCGCUGGCUGUGUGGUUCUGUGAGCAGGAGCGAUCGGGACCCAGAGACCUGCGGUGACCCCCGGGAGAGACCAAGAGGCAGAGCGAGCCGGGACAAGUACGGCCACGUAAGUCCCGCGAGUGACCGGAGACUGGCGAGGAGGGCGGGCGUACCCAAUACUUCUACGCGGAACUACAGCAGAGGCCUUGCGUUGGGCCCGUAUCCUGCCUGUGGAGGACUACAUGAAAAUAAUACAAUGGACCUCUGUAAUGCCUCCUCUGGGAUCCUGCAGUGUUUACCAACACUUCCCCUCCACUACCGACACAGAGCUGGAUCCAUUUAUAUGCGGGUCAUCGUCAUCCACGAUGCCGCUAUCGUCUCCAGGUGGUCUUUCCAGGACGCCGCCAUCAUCGUCUCCUGCGGGCUUACCGUCGCCUCUUGUCCUGGAGUCAGCUCCAGCUUUCCUGCCGCACAAGCGGCCUGAUGGCUUGUGUGGCCCCCUCAUCGGCGAGGAAUGUGGCUGUUCAGCCACCAGCAGCUAAGCCCAGGACCCGGGCAUGGACGGUGGCAGCUGCUGGUGCAGU